AAUCAGCUUCAUCCAAACCAAAACAAACUUCCAGAACUGUGCCGUACGAUGGGUUACAUUGAAUAAAAGUAAGAACUGACUUCAGUGCUUAUUGCGGUUGUCGCAAAAGGGGUUUUAAAACGAUAAAAGGCAGCUGGGCAAUCUUGUCCAAACGUUAAUGUGUGGCCAUCGAUAUUUCAUACAGUGUGUUAUAGUUGCUUGUGCAUGAAAGUAUGAAAAAGUCUCAACCUAAACUCCUAGCCGUGGCUGGCACUGGUGCAGCGCGUUUCAUCCAGGUGUUGACGGAACAAGUCGAUCCCUUAGGUGAUAAUACACAAGAUGGAUGGAAAGAACCGACAGAAGCCGUAAGUGUACGCUGCGGAAAAGAUGAGAUGGAAUUCGGCCCAACACGAACAGAACUUGAAAACGUGCUAGCAAAUGCUAUUAAAAUUGAAAGCAGUGACUUCAAUGAAGAAAACAUUUCGCUUGAUGGGUUAAUGUCACCAAAGAGAAAAUACUCCGAAAACGAAGAAUCGGAGGACGAUUCCAGUAUUACAUCGAAGUCGCAAGAUUUUAGCGAAACUGUCACAGAAAUGUAUUAUCAAAGACAAACUGCCUUGAACAUCAACAAUCCUGUCAAGACGUUAAAAACGUUAGAACAAACACCACGCGCUUCAAAUUCACGCAUUAUCUCGUCAUCCACGGAAAAUAUUGGAAGACAUAUUGUCAGUGAAUCGCAAAACCGUAUCAAACAAUAUGCGGAUAAUGAAGAUUUCAAAAUGGAGCUUGACGGUGUCAAUAACAAACGUCGGCAAUCGCAAUACGAUGUAGUGUCUAACCAAGCGACACAGUUGCAAAUGUAUAAAGCCAGAAUAAGGGAAUUGGUGCAGGAAAAUCGAUACUUACAAGGGAUCAUAACAUCUAAAUUAGAUGUUAUUAUACAAAAUUCAGCAGAGCAAAACGAACAUAUAGAUAAAUUGGUUGCAAGAUUAAAGUCUACAUCUCAACCCGCGACUCAGAAAAGUCUUCACAAGACGGUAUUUAUGUUAAGGCCAUUGAACACUGAGGAGGAGUUGCAACAGCUAGAUGAAAUCGUUGGCACAAAUCCGACGUAUAGGGCGCAUGUUGUAGAAUACUUAAAACGUGAAUCCAAUCGUACCGAUGUUGAAAAUUUACUACACGAUGCAAUUGAUUUGCUGUUUUGUAAAAGAUUUUUUUUGCUCGUAUGACUUGGACAGGAAUUAGUAGGACCGGAGCACCGAAGGUACAGUUAUGUAAAUAUGAAAACAUUAUUCGCCUAUUUCAAUUAGUUGGUGAAAGUGAGAGCGAAACACCUACUCUGCGUUAUAUAGUAGAGUAUUUAAAAAACAAGUUGAAACAUGCCAAAUCACGCAUUCAUAUACCCUUAACGAGAAAAACAUCCAGUCAUAAAAAAAUCAAAAAAAACUACUUCCGAUAAUAUCGUAUGAUGCACAUGAUGUUAUCCUACAAUUUUAUCAAAACUACCUUGUUCAGUUUAUAACAAAAAUCUCAUACAAAGUUUUUGAAUAUAUUGAUUUGCGAAUUCAGAAUAUUAACCUCCAGACAGUCAAUGCAAUGGUAAUGGUUUCAAAUUCUCUUGACAGUGGUUCAAUGCAAACUUCCCUUUCGAAUGAUGACGUGUGACGUGAAAGUGAGAUAAAUAAAAUAAUUAUGCACUUGAAAUUUUUUUUUAACGGAAAAAAAUACACAUCGCGGUCCCGGGGUACUCAAACGCCUCUACAACACGCCCGUCGUGGGUUCACCCUCGUAUGGACCUCUCCUCUGUAGUAAGGAGUUACUAUCUGGCUGCGUGGUACUCAAUAAGUCUCGAAAGUCUGUAUAAGGUGACAUGACCGCGUAGAUGGCAAAGGCAAACAGCAGAAUAAAAAAAAUAUCGUUAAAUAUCUAGCACUGUUCAUCACACAGCUCUGGGUGUCCUAGAGUAGUAGUAUGCACAUUUACCCGAAGAGAAGAGCCAGUUUUUUAGAUGAAAAAAAAAAAACAAAUUUUGUGCUAAACUAGGAUUCUUAUCCAUCCGACGGCGCAGCGAAAACCUAACUGCUGUUAGUUUGUUUCCGCAGUGCAAAACGAACAACUUUAUACAAAUUUUAUUGGAGUUUUCCAAUAAUUAUCUUCAAAUAAAUGGUUAACAUGUCGCGGUUUUUA